UGUAUCAUUCAUUGCACACACCAGUGGACACCAUAUAACUACAACAGGGAAAGAUGUCGAUCGAUUUAUAGGAUGCUUAGGAAUGUGAAAGGCGUGUGUAGACUGUACCUGCAAUCUACGCCUUAUUAUUUUGUUUAUGGCGGAUGCGCGGAGAGGAGUUUCAAGAGUUUAUAAGCAAAGUUUAUUGUUCUCAAAUUGAAGGGGCGUGUAAUCGUCCAGUAAACUCGAAUUUAUAGCAGGCGCUUAACAAAUACGUUUCCUGUGGAAAGGGAAACAUUAUUUCAGUUUGUACAAAACGUUAGAAGCUUUGGAUACAUCAUUGAUCAUGCUCCGAGUCUGUGUCGUCAUUUUUUGGGCGGUGGGCUGUUUACACCUCAGUCAGGCUGACGAGGAGGUGACAGCCGAAGGAGUAUCCGUCAAGAUCCAGGGACAGUCCGGGGGGAUGACCAUUGGAAGAACCGAGAAUCCGGAUCAAGACAAAAACGCGAUAAAAAUCAAGUUUGACGCCAUCCAGGAGAGGGAUAGCAGUGGCAACACUGUCGGGAAAAGCGGCAGUGACAAACACAGCUUUAACAACUUUGCUCAGUUGCCAUUUGAAAUUUCAAGUCUACAAGACACGACGUAUGAAAAUUUAACGGCAAAGCGGAUUAAUUUCACUGCGUCCAUUACAAGUGUAUCCGCCACUUUGCGAGUGCAGACUUACAUUUUUACCGAGGCUGGAAACAUUACAAUUGGCGGGGAAAUAACUAAGGUUGAGAAGGGAACCGUUAAAUUUAACAUCAUUCUGGAUGGCUGGACAUUUUGCACAGCGAGUACUUGCAACAAAGGUGGCUCAGGGGAAGUCGGUGCCUUUGUAGACCUCACAAUCUCAAUCAAAGGGAAGGGAACGCCGAGCCGCAAAACCGGGAACAAUAAACGCACGGACGGGGAGGAGUACGACCUUGGAGGGGAGGCGUCUGUAGCUCUGUCCAAAAAGAUUAUAAAAGACAACGGCGAUCCCGAAAAUAUGCCAGGCAAUUACCCCGCCUUCGAAACACAGGGUAACAAACAACUUUUUGUGUUCCGGUUUCCCACGUUCCUCAACAGGGUGGUUUACGACCCGACUGUGUAUGCAGGAAGCGCUGAUGCAACCAGUGGUGCCGCCACCAUUUACUCCGGAUUCUCUCUGCUUCUUUUAAUUUUCGUAGGAAUUUUCUUUAACAUGUAAACCAUUUUCGAUAGGAUGUUCACGUGCAGUAGUUUAAAAAUUUUGCAUCGAAUAAUGUAGUGUUUGCCACAAUUUCUUUUCGUACGUAGCGUAGUAAACAAACUUCUACCCCCUUAGUUUUGUUAGACCAGGGAGGGGGUGACAUUGAAGCAAACCACACAACUCAUGGCGGUGCUAACAUUAGUCUGAUUUCGAUGUAAACUAUCUGUUGUCUGUGUUUCAAGCUACCGACUGUAAUUUAGACCCUUGUGACCCACAUGUUUUUCUUGUUAAGUUUUACCAAAACAUGUCCAUAUCUUGUUUGAGUGCAGGUAAUACAAAAAAAACCUCUAGAGAAAGGAAAGGUUAUUCUUAGUGAAAGAUGUCCCUAUUUGUACAUUGAUAUGAACUGGUGUAUAGGCUUGGAAUUGUUAUUGCUAGUAAUAGGCUUAAUAAUCGAAUCUGAACAUCCGUUGCUUGGUCUCUAUAUUGCAUUUUUAUUUCAUAGGAUUAAGCGCACACAUAAAUGUAUAUUUAUAUACAAGUAUAUUAGCUUCUUUUUUGCAAUGCAAUCAACAAAUCAACACUACUAUAACAAAACCCAUCGCGAGGAUUCCUGCAAUUACCGGGAAGAUGAAUCGUGGAAUGGACCUGAAGCCGUAAAACAGGUGCGAUUAUAUGAUGUGCUACAUAAUUACACAACAAAGGAGGAUACUCGAUAAAUACCCAAUAAAUAUAAUACCAUUUA